GAUGCAGAACUGAAACGUUAUCCUCUUACCAUCAUGAUCACCCAAUCCCUCUGGCUUCGUUGUGAAAAAAAGGAGUUUGAACGGCGCUCAGCUCUCACUCCAACCACUGCCAAAAAGCUCAUCGAUGCUGAUUUCGACAUCACCGUCGAGCGCGAUGAGCAGAGAAUAUUUGCAGAUUCAGAAUUCGAAGCUGUCGGCUGUAAGAUGGUGGAGAACAAUUCUUGGCCGAGUGCGCCCACUGAUAUCCCCAUCCUUGGACUGAAAGAACUGCCCGUAUCGAAAGAUCCACUCUCCCAUACCCAUAUCCAGUUCGCCCACUGCUACAAGCGCCAGGCAGGAUGGUCUGCCGUUUUGUCUCGAUUCCUCCGUGGUGGAGGAACCCUAUAUGAUCUUGAGUUCCUCACUGAUGACAGUGGCCGACGCGUCGCUGCAUUCGGAUUCCAUGCAGGAUUUGCAGGUGCUGCUGCAGGAGCGCUCGCCCUGGCUGCACAAAGACGGGGAGAAAAGCUAGGUCGUCUAGAACCAUAUGAAAACGAGCAGGCCAUGGUGACAGCUGUCAAGGAGACAUUGGGGGGGAGUGGAAAGGGCGUCAAGGCUCUCGUCAUCGGGGCUCUAGGAAGGUGUGGGCGUGGUGCCAUAGACCUCUUCAAGAAAGUUGGUCUCGAGGACGAAGAUAUCAUCAAGUGGGAUAUGGCUGAAACGGCCAAGGGAGGCCCGUUCCAAGAAAUCCUCGACGUCGAUAUCUUCGUCAACUGCAUAUACCUAUCUUCUUCCAUCCCGCCAUUUUUAACCCAUGAGCAGAUCAUCGCGGGUGGAAAGAAUAGAAAGCUGUCUGUUGUAGUGGAUGUCAGCUGUGAUACCACCAACCCGUUCAAUCCUAUUCCGAUCUAUAACGUCAACACCACCUUCUCAGACCCCACUGUACCGGUUGAGCUUGGCCCUGAUCAACCUUUGCUAUCUGUGAUUUCCAUCGAUCAUCUUCCAACUCUGCUCCCAAGGGAAGCUUCGGAGCAAUUCAGUUCAGACCUGCUUCCUUCUCUCCUAGCGCUACGGCAAAGGAAGACAGCUCGUGUUUGGACGGAGGCAGAGAAGUUGUAUAAGGAGAAGCUGGCUGAAGCUAUCAAAGAAGGUUUCUCAAGUUGAUGAAAAUACCUUCAUAGAAGAAUAAAAGACAUGAUGUAAGAUUGGCAAUAUAGCAACUAUUUGAAUGU